AUGGCGCAGUACUCUGAGAUGAACGGCGAGUACAUGAAGGUGCUGGCGCACGCGAACCCGCCGGUGCGCGCGUGCGUGGAGGCGCCGCUGCCGGCGGAGACGCCGGUGCUGCUGGAGGCGCUGGCCUUCCGCCCGCGCCCGCGCCCGCCCUCGGCGCCGGGGGCGGACGGCGCGCCGCCGGGCCCCGCCAAGUUCACCAUGCACGUGCAGUCGGUGUCGCACUGGGCGCCGGCCAACAUCGGGCCCUACAGCCAGGCGGUGCGCGUCGGCGACAUCAUGUACGUGGCCGGGCAGAUCCCGCUGGUGCCCGGCACCAUGCAGCUGGUGUCGGGCGGCGCGCGCAAGCAGUGCCGCCUCGCGCUGCGCCACGUGGGGCGCAUCGUGCGCGCCGUCGACGCCAACACGCAGCUGCGCGACGUCGUGCAGGGUAUAUGCUAUGUCACUCAUCCAUCAUAUAUCCCAGAGGCAAGGCGUGAAUGGGAGAAGAGGACGAACAAUGCCAUUGUGGAUUAUGUUGUGGUUCCUCAUCUGCCUAGGGGUGCGUUAUUGGAGUGGCACAUUUGGGCUCAUCAGCACAACAACAGAUUUGAAUAUGAGGAAACAGGAUGUUGCAUUGGUGAUUUUCGUGUAUCAAUUCGAAGGCGCUGGAACUAUGAGAAUAACGUAUCUGCUGUUGUGUGCUAUGUUUCAAGUGUUGGCACAGGAUCACUGUUGACUGGACUGGAGAGCGGUGAUGGGCAAACACGGUCCUCAAAUGAGACAACACCCGCCCUCACUCCACAACCACCUGAAGAAAUGUCGGAUGAGCACCUGUCAGAAGUCAUAUGCUACACGCUUGCGAAACUGCUGCGGAAAGCAGAUGCCGCCACUGUUUGUAAUAUCCGUUUCUUUUAUAAAGUGGGUGUUGCACCGAACCCAGAGAGAAUAAACUCUGUGUUGGCUCAUGCUGAGGGCUUCAACAUUGUGCACAGCAUCAUACCAGUAUGCCAACUGCAUAAUGCGCACACCUUUCUAUCAAUAUGUGGUGUACGACACAAGUGACUGAUAAUGUUACCAUUUCAUCUGAUUACCUAGCCUCUCCAAACUCUUAAUUUUCAUUGGAUCAAACUGUUACCGCAGAGCUGCUUUGAUGCUGAGUGGUUUUACCUUUGACCGUAAGCUGAAACAUCUGUCACUCACUGACUUCAUUACGCUAGACUACUAAUUCAGAAGGGACAUUUACGUUUUGUCCCCGUUAAUGUUUUAGCAGGGAGACCUUACGUUGGUGCUAGGUUGCCUUGACUCUUGAUUUGUUUUGUUAUUUAAUGAGAAGGCCAAAGUUACUGUACAUGUCUCUUAAGCCUGAUAGUCAAGUCUCCUUGGUACUAUUUUCAUUCCAAUGAAUGCCACAAUAUCAUACUAAUCAUCUAUACCUGCACAAAUAUAUUAUAUUGACACUGCUCCUGCAAUCGUUCUGCUUAAUUAAAACAUUUUUUUAGUGUCUUAUGUAAUAUUUUGUUAAUAUCAUCUCAGAUCAGAUUUGGUGUAGAUCUGGCGAUGCCUACUAAUCAUUUAAUCUUGCUUCAUUAAGGUACAUGUGAAGAAACUGGAGAAUAGCUCUAGGUUUAGCAGCCACUCAGCACAUUGAAAUACUUAUUAGUGAAAUCAGAAGCCAUAUUGUUAAAGUGAAUUCUUGCCAAGUAGUAUGGGUUGUUUCUUUUUGCCACAAUUUGUUAUCACAAACCUUAAUUCAACCUUUUUAGAUAUUUGUCAGAAGUGUAGGCUAUGAAAAAUGUUAUCAUUUUGAAGGAAAGAAAAGUAGUGUAUACUUUCUGAAGGAAUUGUUUGAAAGCAACUCUGCUGUAACUGAAUUGACUAUUAAGGUUUUCCCCCUCCCCUUCAAUUGCACCACAACCUCUGCUGCUACCAUUACCACUGUUGUUGACACUUACUGUCUGUGACUCAUUAAUGUGCACUGAUUGUUAUUCUUGCUGAUCUGUUCAAAUGUGGUUUAUCGAGGCUCUUUAUUCUCUGUAACUCCUUCCUUUGACCAGGAUCAUCAGAAGAAGCUGCAGAAUUAUUUUAGUUGAUAGCUUCAUUCAGGUAUUUACUUGCGAGUGAAAUCAGCAUCCAUUUUGUAGAGACUGAAGUAAGUAUUGAAUUUGAGAAUGUUAUUGAAUUUACAGAAUGUAUGAGAAAAUAUAAUGAAUUUGCAAUUAAGACCCUUCGGAAUAUCCAAGUUUUGAAUUUAACAAAACUUUUUUUGCCAAUUUGAUAUUCAUUCAAAUAACAAAAUAAUAAGAAUAAUUAUGUCUAUAACUGUAAAUUGGAACAUCGAUGUUGCUUUUGUAUUUCAUGAGAAUUAUCCCUACCUGAGAAGCUGUUGCAGCUUCAAUUUAGAUUUUCUUGUCUAGUGCCCCGUGACAGCAAAACACUAAAACUGCUCUCCACAGAAGAAGAUCUUUGUAAUAGCAGCCUCUUCUGGUCCUCCUCAAAGUUUGCUUUAAUAUUCUGUCAAAUCUAAUCCUUUUGCUGUUAUUGGCAGACAUUUCUUGUGUGUAUGAUUAUGCACACCAAGCAGAGCGUAGGGUUGGGUAGAAUACUUUAAAUUUAGUAUUUAAAUACUUUGCCAAAAUACUUUGUAAAUAAGUAUUUAAAUACAUACCCAAAAUAUGUUACAUUUUGAUUAGUUGAAUACAUACGUAUUUAAAAUACUUCAAAUACUCAAAAUACACUAAAGAUGAUAAAUUUUUAUUAUAUCUUUUUUAUUGCAACAAUAUAUUGUAAAUCUCAAUUAC